AUGGACCACUCAUCCUUCACGAGCAUCUCAUUCGAUGCGUACGAUGAAUCCCAUUCACGCGCCAACCCCAACACCAUUACCAACCGCGCCAUCAAGCUCAUCGAGGCCUGCGGUUUUCCCCUGCCUGGCUCCGACAUGUCAAAAACUGUAUUCCUGGCAUUGGUUGUCGCGAGCAGUGUAGUCAGCUACAUCGUCGCGGAGCUCUACACCUCCUGGGUCUUGUACUUGAGCCGCUUCGAGCGGGCACCCGACUCACGCUACGGUGUUGGUGAACUAUCGUAUGGUCAACUAUGGAGCGUCGGUGGCAUCUGGCUUGCUGUGACGCUUACGACGUACCGGGUGCUUGCGUUUCUCAGACGGAUGCGGAGGAAGCGAGCAAAGGUGCAUUAUCACGUUUGUUGA